AUGAUACUAUACAAUCCAGAACAGGAAUUUGCAACUGUACAACAUCCGGUACACAUGCCCGAGUCCGGAGCAGCACACGAAUUGGUUCCAGUGCAAGAACCCGUGCCUCCGCCGCUUCGGGGUCCACUGCACGAACCGGCUCCAGUGCACGUACCCGUGCCUCCACCGCUGUUCGCUCCUGAACAGGAAUUAGGUCCAGUACACGUUCCUGUCCCCGAUCCUGAACCCUGUCCAGUACAUGAUCCAGCUCCGGUGCACGAACCAGGACCUGCACCGGAUACUAGUGCUCCGAAGCACACACACCCUAACAGCACGAGAGUCAACAUUGUUUUGCCA